GUGCCGCGUGUAAGAUGUUCCUAGUGGUCUGUGUCCCUGGUUUUGGAUAUUUCGCGACGAUUAUGUUUGUUUAUCACGGAAGGGUUUCACAGUGACCCCCGAAAGCAUCACGUGGAGUGAAAGACAAGACAUGGACAGAGGGAGUUCCAUGGCCAGCUCGGAGGAAGCAACGGCUGUAGGGAACCCUUUCUCCAAUAAGGCUAUUCGAAGAGCCUUUGUUCGGAAAGUCUAUCUUAUUUUAUCUGUGCAACUCUUGAUGACCUGCGCAGUGAUCUCUCUUACCGUUUUUGAGCCUCACACGAAUGAAUGGGUGAAACGGAACCCUGGCUUUGGGAUGCUGUCCCUACUUCUUUCUUUCUUUAUAUUAAUACCCGUCCAAUGUUGCUGCCCAGACGUUUUACGAAGUUUUCCUUGCAACUUCAUCAUACUAUUCCUUUUUACUGCGACGUUUGCAACUGCAACUGCCUUUACGACUGCCGCCUACGACACGCAUGAAGUCUUGCUAGCCGCUGCAAUCACCGGAAUCGUAUUCAUAUCACUGACGAUCUUCGCCAUGCAGUCAGCUAUUGACUUUACGGCGCUCAAUGGGAUCAUGUUCUGCUUUUUAAUCACUCUAUUGUUAUUCGGUAUUCUCGUCAUAUUUCUCGGGAAAACUUUUCCGAUACUUCGGCUGGUGUAUUCCUGCCUAGGUGCUCUGUUAUUUUCAGUCUACAUAAUAGUGGACACACAGCUGAUCAUGGGCGGAGAGCGGAAACUGCAGAUUUCACCCGAGGACUACAUAACAGCGUGCCUUAUGCUAUACCUGGACGUUAUUAAUUUGUUUCUCCACAUAUUACAAAUCAUACGCGAAGUUCAAAAAGACUAAUAGCAGCCAACUGCAGGGCGACGCGUCGAGCGUAUGCUCUGUCUAAAUUCAGGGAACAUCAUAAUUAAAACGUGAAGAGCGUGCUUCUUAUUAACAAAUGUCUCAUGUUUA